AUGGGGAUGCUGCCGUUCGAGGAGAGACACCGCAAGGCCGACCGCAACCGCAAGAUCUACAUCGCCGUUGCCGCCCUGGCCGUCGCCGCCGGACUUGUCUACGCCGUCUCCUCCUCCACCGAGCAGUCCGCUUCGGCAGCCGCAAAUCUCGCCGAUACCGGCGGCAGUGGGAGCCGGGGGGCGGGGUGGAAGGCGGGGGUUGGGGGCGCUCUGCGCGCGCCCAUGCGCGCGGCGAAGCGCGCGGCGGCGGCAGCGGCGGACUAUUGGAGGUGUUGGAGAUCGGGGAGAUCGGGGGACGGGGGGGAGGUGUUGGGGGGAUACGUGGGAGCUGUAGGAGGUAGUGGCAUUUAACAAGUGGAGGCGUUUUUGUCAAGGGUAGGGGGUAAAGCGGUCAGAGGUGUUGUGUUGCGCCCGGCGCACAUAAAAAUAGGAAUUCUCUCUGAGUGCAUUUGGUGGUGGUUGUUAGCCCUCAAGUCAUGACGAAGUUGUCGCAAUCUUUUCCACGAGUGGUUUUUGUUUUUUUAUCUGACAAUGGCACAUGUUCGUGGGCUUGAACAAUUUUGCUAUCUAGUCGCUACUUUUCAUGGUUAACAACGACCAAUUAGAAUCCAUACGGACCAUCGUCCGAGGAUAUGGGUGCGCCUACAUGAACGGGUCUUCCUAGAAAAUGUCUUCAUCCAAGGCAGUUAAGGUUGAGGACAUCGGCUUGCCCCCAGCUGAUUCAAACAAUGCAUGGAGGAUUGAUGUCGUCUCGUUCUAGGCCCAAUCAACUAGAACAAUACGC